AUGGGCUCCUUAUGGAACUACCUUGGCCUUGCCUCCGCCUCAACCAAUGACGAGAAGAAUGCCAUGCGGGCUCUGCCGUCCUCAUGGUACACGUCUCAGGAGAUGUUCGAGCUAGAACGCCGGGCGAUUUUCUCUCGCAAGUGGCUCCUGACCACUCACAAGCUGCGCCUCCCUAACACCGGGGACUGGUUACGCUACGAGGUCUCCGGCUUUCAAUUUGUUCUCGUCAAGGACCGCGACGGAAACAUCAACGCCUUCCACAAUGUCUGCCGCCACCGUGCAUUCCCCGUUGUCACCGAAGAGAAAGGAACAGCCCGCAUCUUCGCCUGCAAGUACCACGGGUGGUCGUACGGACUAAACGGCAAGCUGGCCAAGGCCCCGGGAUAUCAGGACCUUGAGGGCUUUGACAAGAGCAAGAACGGCCUCCUGCCAAUCCACGUACAUAUCGACGUCAACGGCUUCAUUUGGGUCAACCUUGAUGCCGGCGAGAAGCCCGAGAUUGCAUGGGAGGAUGACUUCAAGGGAAUCGAUGUGCUGCCCCGGUUUGCGGAUGUCAAGUGGGACGAAUACACCUUCGACCACACUUGGGAGCAGGAGGGCGACUAUAACUGGAAGAUUCUCGCGGACAACUACAACGAGUGUUAUCACUGCGCGACAACGCACCCUGACAUUCCGUCCAUUGCCGACCUGAGCACCUACUCUGUCGACACCAAGGACGGCGGCAUCAUCCACGAUGCGCACAGCAAGCCCGAGCAGAUUGCGGCCGGAUUGAAGAUCGCCAGCACAUAUUACUUCCCCAAUGCCUCCAUGACCGUUUCUCCCCACUUCUUCUUCAUGCAGCGCUUCGUCCCCCUCUCGCCCACCAGAUCCAUCAUGAAGUACGAGGUCUACCGGAACAAGAACUCCUCGGACGAGGACUUCGAGGUGAUCAACCAGAUGUACAAGCGCAUCAUGUCCGAGGACAAGUACCUCUGCGACCUGACCCAGAAGAACCUCAACGCCGGCGUCUUCGUCAACGGCGAGCUGCACCCCACAAUGGAAAAGGGACCCCUGUACUUCCAGAAGGUGGUCCGGGAUCUCGUGGUGGAGCACUACGAGCGCGAGCAGAAGGCGACGCAGGAAAUCUGGCCGGCGAGACAGAGCCUGCCGAAGAAUGCGACCGUCAGCGAGAAGGAUAUCUCUGCAGCCGCCCGCGACUAUUGCGUGAAGGACCGACUCGCCGAGCUCGAAGAGAAAGUGAACCUCAUUCUAAAGGGAAGCUUACCAAGCCGGGGAAGGGACUCAGCUCUCGAAGACGCCAAGGACCUCACAGAAACAACAUUUACACGGAAUAGCCAGCCUCAGGCUCGUCGCGGCUCGAGCUACAGCGACCCGUCUCCCCCCAAUUUUGGUUUCGAUGAUGCCAGUCCCCAGCCUUCCUCGUUGGCCGUUGUCCGAGCCGUCGAUCUGUACAUGAAGUAUUGCCACCGACAGCCCGUCUGGUGCUUUGAUUUCGAAGAACACGGGGAUCUGGACUCUUUACCAGAAGAGCUCAUCUGUAGUAUCAUUGCGCUGACGGCACGGUUCUCGCAUGAGGGGGAACACGGGCAGCACCAUGCGGAUACGGCAAAGAGUUUGAUUAUGCUCCGGAUUGCGAAUGGGACGGUGGAGUUGAGUACGAUUGAGAGUUUGUGCUUGCUGGCGUAUUCUUCAUUUAUUGAUGGCGAUAUGCACCUUGGUCGAUUUCACCUCGGACUUGCAUUUCAGCUCUGUCGAUCUGCUCUGCUUGACACGGAGUCAGCAUAUACCCCUGAAGACCCCCACACGGAGCGCAAGAAGAGGCUAUUUUGGAGUCUACAGCUAUUAGAACAGUCUUAUGGUCGGCAGACCGGACUGCUGAGCAUUCCCUCGGAGAUCUGGCGUCCGGUGGACUACUUCUCAGGGAACGGGAAGGAGUUGCAAAGAGAUAGCGAGAAGCCUCCCCCAUUGCCUCGGGACACAGUCGGCUGCUCUGCGCCAGACGACACCGGCAUCUGGAGCAUGACGAUUCACUUUGGCUGGGUCUGGAGCAAAGUACGCACCUACGUGUCAGAUUGUGCAAACAACCGACUACGCGAGCCCUGGCGCCACGAGUCGAUGUAUUCCAUGGUUCUUUCAGACCUGACGGAAAUCGAAAAUCGCACACCACUCUGCCAUCGAUACGACCAUGUGCGGUUCUACGAUCGCCAGCCGGACGAAGUGACGCUCAACCGCGCGUACUGGGUUCCUUGGCUCAAAUUGCAGUUCAUGUACCAUGCGAUUCUCACCGUCCUCAACCAUCCUUUUCUGUACAUCAUGGCCUCGCAGCAUAAUCCCAACCUGGCCAUUCCGAAUAGUUUCUGGCGCCGUUCGUCGGAGUUGGUACUUCUUCAUGCGACGUGGAUCGUGCGCAUGAUUGACAUGCUAUCGGACAAGGACGUACGGCUUACGGAUCCGUUCUUCGCGCAUGUGGCUGCUAUCGCCGCGACUGUGCAGCUGUAUUACUGCUGUGCUGGUGAUCCCAGACUGAAGUACAAGUCCCGGGCUGAUCUAGCCCGCUGCAGGGAUUUUCUGAGGUCUUUUGUCCCGUUUUCUCGGGCCUGUGCAGCGUUGGUAUGUUUCCCGUCCCAGGCGAUGAAGUCAAAACUGACAGAUCAGAACCGAACACUCGAUCGUAUGACCCGGAUUGCAUCUGGCUCAGAGAACAUAGACUACGAUAACUGGGUCCCGUCCAAGAUCCAUCUGAACAUCCCCUUGAUGUGGGAUAUCCUCCAGUUCACCUGCAGCGACAGUUCCUAUCCCGAUGUCCCACCCGGAAGCCUCCUCCAUUCCUCGCUCAGUGCUUCGGUAACCCGAAACGACACAGAGGAAAGCUCUACACUCGAAAUCAUCGUGACUACCUCCCCUGAAGUGACCGUCAACACUGCAGACGGCGGCCAGGGCGUACCCAUGCCUCUUUAUCGGACCCCGAAUUCGUCAAAGGGCGACGGUACAAGCACAGCUACAGUUCCAAGGUCUAUGCCUCCCGCAGACGCAGUGGUAGCUCCAAUCGACAGCCUCAUGCUCAACACGCCCUGGCUAUGGGCCGAUUCCGCGCAGUUUGGAGACGUCGAUGAUCUCGACUAUAGCACGUCAGCUCCGGCAGUAGGCGAUGUUGAGGGUUCGGCAUGGAUCCUUCAGACUGUGCGCUCCGCUUAUAUUCUAGGACUAGGACUAAAUGCCCUGCCGAUACGCGCCUGUACAGCCUGGCCGUCAAGCCACGAAUGCAACAGGACUCAACCCAGCGAGCCACCUCCCGUGCGGCUUGAAGGUGAUCUUUCCAUCAGCAAGAUCACAGCACACAGCAACUCCCAAAGUCCUAACGGCGAGUACUACGAAUGCAACGUCUCAUCGGAUGACAUCCCAAAGCGACUGCCUCCGCCCAAUUUUGAUAUCCUAUGCAAUUAA